UACUGGCAGACGUGUACCUACCGGAUAUCCAUCAACAGUUUCGUUCGAUUUUGCUCGAGUGGCGCGAGCUAGGCAAGCGAACUAAUUGAAGCUUAAUGGCACCCAACAAGUGUUUUUCGAGAAAACAUUUCAAUUCGAAGGAUUAAAAUAUUUACAGUGUAAUUAAUUGAUCGCAAAUUUGUUUACAAAUACGUACACAACCACACCGAGGAAGUGCAACAAGCGAUAGGAAGAAGAUGGCUUUCAAAGUGACUCGAAAAUGUUUAGUGUACUCGGUGCUGGCAGUACUGAUAGCCGCUGCGCUGCUAACCACCCUUCUAGUGCUGCUUUUACGUGACGACGAAGAAAUCAUGAAGAGCUAUAAGUUCAGCAACAGCGAUCUUGUUAUCCAGCUGAUGGAGCAGCCCGAUCAUCGGUACGUGAUCAGUAUAAUCAGGGAUGGCACACCGAUCCAGCGUGUCACGCUGGAUUACGACUUCACCGAUGACUCGGAGGUCGAAACGAUCCCGCGUGGUCUCCGGCUGGAAGGCAACGACCAGUGGGUUGAGAUUCGGGAUGUAGAGGAUUCGAAAAACUUUUCCAUGAUCAGUAUUACACGCACCCUUCGCAAAGGGCAAAUCAUAUCGGACGUGAUUCACACUGCCGAUCUCGUUCGGGGCCGUCCGGUCCAGUGGUACGGUGGACCGGAGCAAAAGGAACAGCACUAUCCGGUGCAACGGUUGCGCUUCGAGGAUUACGCCUAUGUUCCGAAGGAGCUGAACAGUGCGGCCAUUACGGAACGCUACUGGAUGAACUCGGUCGGCAUUUUUUUCUACGUGGAAAAAGAAGUUCCAUUGUUUAUUGACCAGGAUGAAAGUUCACUCAGGUUUACUGCUAAGAAAGAACUACCGUACUAUACGUACGAAGACACGUAUGAAUUCAACUAUCGAAUAGGGGUGGCUAAGGAUGCCAAAGAGGCGCACAUGAAAGCGAUAGAUAAGGCUCUGAAUAAACCAGUGGGAAUUCCCGAUGAACGUAUGGUGAGGUACCCGAUAUGGUCAACCUGGGUGAGAUAUGGACGGCCAAUCAAUCAGCAAACGGUGCUGGAUUUUGCCUCGGAAAUCAACGCCUAUGAUUUUAAGAAUGCACAGUUGGAUAUUGACGACUAUUGGGAGAACUGCUACGGGUCGUUAAUAUUUAAUCCCAUAACUUUUCCGAAUGUAACAGAACUGACGGAGCAGUUGAAGGAAAUGGGUUUUCGGGUGACUCUCUGGAUUCAUCCGUUCAUCAACAAAAACUGUCAGCCGUGGUAUACUGAGGCACUGUCGAAAGGAUUCCUCGUAAAAUCACACAAUGAAACCAUUGGGUACAACACCAAGUGGUGGAACAGUGGCGAAAACGAAGCAUCCUACAUAAAUUUCAAUAACCCGUUGGCCGUUGACUGGUUUCGUCAGCGCUUGAUGGAGCUGCGAGAUCUGGGUAUCGAUAGUUUCAAGUUCGAUGCCGGCGAAACCAGUUGGGCACCGGAGGAUCCGGAUAUUGCGGGAGCGGUUAGCCUGUCACCCGCUAGUAUGACGACCAAUUUUGUGCGCAUGUGUGCCGAAUUCGGAUCGAUGAUCGAGGUCAGAACCGGUUGGACUACGCAGGAUUUGCCGGUGUUCGUGCGAAUGCUAGAUCUUGACACGCACUGGGGGCUAAAUAAUGGACUACAGUCGCUGAUUCCGACGCUGCUGCAAAUGAAUCUGAAUGGUUAUCCGUUCGUGCUGCCGGAUAUGAUCGGCGGGAAUGUGUAUGGGGACGAUAUAUUGACAAAGGAGCUGUUCAUCAGAUGGAUGCAAGCGAACACUUUUAUGCCCAGUAUGCAGUUCUCCAAGACACCCUGGGAUAUUGAUAUUGAAACGGUGGAGAUAAGUAAACGUUUCGUUCGUUUGCACGAGGAAUAUUCGGAUUAUAUUUUGCAACGAAUGCGAUUAGCUGUGGCGGAAGGUAUUCCAGUUAAUCCACCCAUUUGGUGGUUGGAUCCUAAUGAUGAAGAUGCUUUAACAGUCAACGAUGAAUAUCUUCUCGGAGAAGACAUUCUGGUGGCACCGGUUUUGAUCGAGUUCGCCGUCACACGGGAUAUCUAUCUGCCCAAAGGAACCUGGCGUGAUGGCAACAGCAAUCAGGUGUACGAAGGAGGACGGUGGUUGAGAAAUUACACCGCACCGAUUACUACGCUGCCAUAUUUCGUUAAGACAUCAUUUCAAAUGAGAUAGUAAAAUCAUUCGAACACAAAACUACUCAUUAGUGGUGGAAUUUCGAAGAAAUACAAGAUGUACAUACCGUUGCGUUGAAACACUUCGUGUCUUA